UGUCAAGUAGAGAAUCGUACGUUCUGUUUAGUGUUUCUCAACUCUCUGUGUGAAUAAAAAAUCAAUAUUUUGUGGUGUGUCGAGAGAUUCGGCCGUAGAAUGUACCAAUUAUAGCAGUGAUAUUUAGUACUUCAAAGUCAUAUAAGCAAUAGUAAAUAUAAUGGACGAAGCAAGCGUGCCUUUACAUUUGGAGCCGAUGCAGCCCAAAGACCUCUGCGAGAAGAGGCUGUGGAUCGGAAACUUGGAUACUAGGGUUAAUGAGUAUCAACUACUGAAAAUGGUCCGCGUGUACGGCUCUAUUGAGAAGUUCGACAUGCUGUUCCACCGCAGCGGGCCCGCGGCGGGGCAGUCGCGCGGGUUCGCGUUCGUCACGUAUCAGAGGAGGCAGGAUGCCGUGCUGGCCAUGAACUCGCUUAACGGACAGCUGUUGGGCUGUAAGAAGAUCUGUGUCAAGUUCGCUAAGAAUUCGGCGGAGGAACAAGAACGGCCUAAACCCGAACUAGGCAUACCAGCCCUCUCCGGAGCCAAGCCAGAACUAAAGCUAAGCAAGAAGACCGCCAUACAAUCCAUCGAGGCCAAACUCAAGAUGAUGGAAAACAUGAAGGCCGGCGAUGACUUCGUUGUCAACAAGCUAGCGGCCAACGAAGCGCCAAUCAUUAAGCAGUAUCAGACGAAACAGCAUCAGCCGCAGAAGCCUAGUACGUCCUUUAGACGGAGGCAUCCUUAUCAUAGGAAAAGAUAAAGUAUGUUUAAAUAUGUGACGUCCCACGGGUAAAGGUACCUUAUGGCGGUUGGCGCUUACGCUAUUAUUAACGCCGCUCCAAUACUAUCGCGGUGCUAUGCGACGCGAAGUAAGCGCCAGCCGCCGUAAGGUACCUUUUGGAAUUAACUACAUAUAUUUGCUGAAAUCCAUUUAAAGUGAUGGAUUGUCGAAUAUAUUAUUAAUAGUUUGUUCACUGCCAUGUACUUUGGCUUUUAUUCGAUAUGUGUAUCAAUCAAGAGAUAAAAUUUAUCUGCAUGUCGAAUGGAGGUCCUUGAUAUCCGCAAAAGCAAUAUUUACGCAAAUUUUAAUGUAUAACAAAUCGCCUUCACAUUGCUUUUAUGCACUUAUAUCACGUUGGAAUGUUUGCUGUAAGUUUUUCAUAAAGCUUCAAGUUGCAAUUACAAGUUCAUUACUGGCAACAUUGGGAGGCUAUUUGAAUAAUGUUGCCACUUAGAUAAUUGUUUUAAAAAUUGUGACUUAUUUUUUGAAAUGCUACAAAUCUUAAUCUCGUAAUUUAAUCGUGACCUGUUUACAAAAAAGUUUAUCAGUAUUAGAUAAUAAUUUUACACAUAUAUAGAAGUAGCUUUCGGAAAUUUUGUUGUAGGUAACACACCAAUUUUGGCACUAGAGAUUCCACACUGUUGUCUGUAUUCUUACAUUUUGUGGAUAAAUUAGUCUAUUUAGUAUUUACUUGCCUUAUUUAUUAGGCUAUAAAUUUACAUUCACUAUUAAAUACCUGUAGAUUUAUUGUGGAAUCUCGUAAAAAAUUGGAUAUUUAUUAACCCAUUUAACGCUAAAAUAUUGUCGUCGUAGCUGGAAACUCAUGUUCACACCAGCUACGACGUAGUGCUACAAGCGUAGCUUAACAGUGAAUGCGUUAACGAAACAGAGCUUCCUUUCGUGUUUUGGUGUCAUGUGUUCAUUGUACAUGUUUUGUGAAAGAUUUAUAUGAGAAACCUUGGGGUGACUGCUGUGCUAUACCUAUAAGUUAUUGGUCACUCCAUAGUAAGGCAGAAAGAAGCAAGCCAAUAUAAGUCUUAUUGUUAAGAGUGGCUAGUAACCAGACAUCGUAACUUUUACAGCAUUUUUGGUGCAGCGGAGUGCUGUUAACGGAAUCGGUAUAAACAAUUUCAUCCCUAAUGAUUAAUUAGCAUUAAUUACGUUAAUAUUAACCUUAAUUUACCAUUUCAGUUGGAAUUAUCUAUACCGAUUCCGUUAACACCACUCCGCUGCACCAAAAUGCUGUAAAAGUUACGAUGUCUGCUAAUAAGGGGUCAUCCA